GCAUAAUAAUUUUAAAAUUAUACGUUUGCCGAAAGAACGCGCGUUGUACCUAUUUAACGUUCAAUUGAAAUUGUGGCGGAAAAACGGGUCAACGGCAAGUAAUCAGCAUAAAAAAUUUGUCGGAACAAAUAAUGCGAAUACGAUAAGAUAACAUCGAUGUUACCAACACAUUUAAUGUCUCUCCAUGGUAUUUUCACGCAAAAAAGAAAAACUAUGGCGUUAUGCGUCAGAAAAUAUGCAAUUUGCAGCAAAUGCGGAUGGGACGAACAAUCAGCCACCACAGCCGCAUCGCCUUCAACCUCUACGCCACCCUCAAUACCAUCAAGAACAACAGUUGAUACAACAAUCCAGACAGUCAUACAGAAAUUGUUGCUUAAAUUCGAACAGUUCGCCAUUGGCGAUAGUGUCGAAUAUAUCACAACACCGCCAACAACAGUCAAAUACUCCCCUGCCACCAUAUUCAUCCGGGCCUUAUGGAAUGGACUGCUCCGGAUCAUCCGAAGUUCAUGCCGAUUACCUUAUGUCGUUUCGUCAGCAAUCACAAUACACAACGGAUGCGGAAACGGAAAUUUCUGCAUCAGCAACGGAAUCAGAAGAUCAAAUAGCAGCAAAUUACAAAAUAACUGGCUGCGAAUACGAAAACUAUGGCGACAAUAUGUCCGUCGACAUAUGCGAACAAUCCGACAACAGCAGUUAUUAUCAACUAAGUCAAAAAUUACAGGAACAGGAACAGCAACAACAAUUACAACAACAUCAACUACUACAACAGCAGCAGCAACAACAACAACAACAAGUACGUCGUCCAACACUGACCAGUCAAACUUCAGCAGUUAUAACAUCGACUGUAACAACAAUUGCAACGACCGCUUCGAAUUUGGUGCGGAAUUGUUGUGGAGGCGUAUUUUCGUCACAAUCGCGUAUCGAUAUAACAUGCCCGAACAACAACAAUGCCAGCAACAACAAUAUGAAAAAUCGUUACGAACAACGGCAUCGCAUGGGAACUCUAACCAAAAAGUCUGCUCUCACUUCAACGACUAUGGCCAAAGAGUAUUUCAAUGCUCUGUUAAAGAACAUGAAAAAAAGUCAAAUAUCGGCAUUGCUGACAGCAGUCACGAGUCGUCGAUCCGAUCAAUCGAUAUUAACAUCGGACGCGAGAAAUCGUUUAGCCGUGCACCAGCAAUGUAUUCUGGUAAAACGUGGUCUUAUUAUCGACGAAGAACCGUUCGUAGUCGUGUGUGCGCUUUUUCUUUGGCAAAAUUUAAGAGACGCAUCCGAACUGAAACGCUUGCCAAUAUGUCCAACAGAGUGCGAUCCCGUCUAUGUGUGUUGCAAUCCGUUGCAUUGGUUUCGGAUUACAGAAACAACAGCAUGGGUAAUGGUAGCGCAGGCGUUGAAAAUCCAUAAGUGGCGAUAUCAUCGUCUUCAUCAUCAUCGCAAUCAUUAGCAUGAAUAAUACAAAACAAAGCAGCGUAAAACAAUAUUAACUAUACAUCCUACCUACCUACCUGUUUUUGAGCCGAACGAACAGCUAUAUCAAGGCAUGCGAAUCGAAGCCAAUGCAGUGAAUGUUGCUGUGGAAUCUCAACACCACAAACGUAAGCAGUCUCAGCACAGAUACCGGCGCAUGCGUAGUUAGUUCUUUUAACCAGAAAAAAACUGUCUUCAUAUUGUUACCUUUAAGUAGAAGUAUCGGAACAAGACAAACGCAAAGUAACCUAAACAUAUAACUAAAGAUAAAAAAGUCAGAAGUAUCUUUGGUUAGAACAAGUUUUCUACCACUUGUAUUGUUGGUUCGAAGGGUUACACUAACGUUGGGAACCCUUUUUUUUUAAACA